CCGCAGCCGCGCCGCCCGCGGUUUCUGUCGGCCCACAGGCGUGCCUGCCCCUUUAAUUGGCGCGUACCAAGUCCUUCCCGGCUGCAGGUCCCCCCGAGCCCGGGCGCGAGCAGCCGGAGGCCUGGUCGGGGGGAUGUGGAGCCGGCACUGCGUCCGCCGCGGGUCCGGGCCGAGGGCGAGCGAGAGCGGGCGCGGGGCCGCGGGUGCGCUCGGCCGCCGUCCCCGCCUCGCGCCGUAGCGCAGUCCCAAGAUGGCGGCCACCAUGAAGAAGGCGGCUGCAGAAGAUGUCCAUGUCACUUUUGAGGAUCAACAAAAGAUAAACAAAUUUGCACGGAAUACGAGUAGGAUCACAGAGCUGAAGGAAGAAAUAGACGUGAAAAAGAAACAACUCCAGAAUUUAGAAGACGCCUGUGAGGACAUCAUGCUUGCAGAUGACGACUGCUUAAUGAUCCCUUAUCAGAUUGGCGAUGUUUUCAUUAGUCAUUCUCAAGAAGAAACACAAGAAAUGUUAGAAGAAGCCAAGAAAAAUUUGCAAGAAGAAAUUGACGCCUUAGAAUCCAGAGUGGAAUCAAUUCAGCGGGUGUUAGCAGAUUUGAAAGUUCAGUUAUAUGCAAAAUUUGGGAGUAACAUAAACCUUGAAGCUGAUGAAAGUUAAACAUUUUAUAAAAUUUUUUUAAUUUGUUUAAUAAACUUGAAUAUUGUUUAAAAUGAUAAUUUCCCUUCUUCAAAUGAAAUGGAAAGCAAAACUUUUUUUAAAAUUUUCAUUUAUUUAAUGGAAACUUGCCUAUUUUCACGUCUUGCUUAUUUAUUUUAUAUUUUUAAAAGAAGACAGUAUUCAUCUAUGUAUUUUGCAGAACAAUUAUAUCAAGUGUAGGGGCUUCGUGUCAUGUUAUUAAAAUCAGUUAAGCAGA